AUGGUUCUGAUCUCACCCCACGCCAUGCAAGCCACCCGGGCGUCCACCACCGUCAGUGUGUUUGCGGACUGCAGCAUCCCGGCCGGGCUCCGGAUAGGACCGGUACCGGGCAUCUUCAAACUGGGGAAGUACUUGUCGGAUCGUAAAGAAGUUGGACCCAAGAAGAAGGUCCGCUUGGUGCGAGGAGAGUUCGUGGAUGAGUCGAGCUGUCCUGUGCCAGACUGGAUCGGAUUCAUCCGCGCCGCCAGGAACAGUCAAGAGCAAAACCUGGAGGCUGUGUCGGAUUUACCUGGUGGACAGAUUUUCUACCGUGUGCUGAGAGAAAUCCCUGCAGGAGAGGAGCUCAGUGUUUGGUACUCCAACGCUCUGGCCCAGUGGUACGACAUCCCCACCACCGCCACUCCCACGCACGACGAGAAAGGUGAGGAGCGCUACAUCUGCUGGUACUGCUGGAGAAUAUUCAAAUACCCGAACACACUCAAGGCCCACGUCCACUUCCACUGCGCGCUGAGCAACGGGCGGGGGUUUGUUAGCAGCGAACAGGCAAGAGGCACCGAGACGUUCAGCAGGUCACCAAAGUCUGGAGACAUCCCCAACACCUCCAUCUCUCCGAGGAGCAGUCACAACAACUCCUCCAUGUCAGACUCGGGCCGGCGGGCAGUGUCCUCCUCGUCGUUUCUAAUCAAAUCGGGACUGUCCAAGAAAAGCAGCACCGAGGAGCAGGACCGGGCCCUCGACAUGAGCGUCACCGCAGCCAGAAACCAGGGGCAGCUGCUCAGCCUGGGCACCACAUCCUCCAUGCUCAGCAGCAUGGGCUUCCACCCGGGCGUGCGCUCUGCCUUCAAGCCGACCGGCGUCUCCAAGGUCCCGGGCGCUGACGCCUCCAGAGAGGACCCCAGCGGGAAGCUGAGUGGUGUGGGCUUCAGCAAACUUAUUGGUAACAUGAAACCACUUCGGAAUGUGGGCGAGACUCUGAACGGAGGAGGCAGCCAUCCUCCAAAAUGUGCACCUGCAAUUAUGGACGCCACAUCCCCAAUGGUGCCAUGCACAAACGCUCUGCGGGCUUUCCCGCUGCUGCCUCACAUGGAGGAGACCUCGGCCUUUAAGCAUGUGGAGAGCCGGAUGCACUCGGGCCUGUCCCCCUCCCGUUACCCCCAGGUGCCCCCUGGACUCCACUUUGAACGGUUCUCCCUCCCUCACUUUGAUGGCGUUAAGACUUAUGGUGGAGACUGUAACAUCCCAUUGAUGCCCUUCACUGUCUAUAACGGGGAGCUUCUGUACAGUUCGCCUUACUAUCCUCUGAAGUUCCACUUCGGAAACCUGCUCAAGUACCCGGAGUCCAUGUCCUACUUUGGUGCGCCGUCGUUGAGUCAAGACCUGGGCUCCAUCACCAACAUCGACCGGGAGAUCGCCAUGCACACUCAACAGCUGUCCGAAAUCGCGGCGGAGAAGAACCGGACGCGGCUGGACUCGAUGCCGGCCGGAGCCUCCAGCAACACCGGCUCUGGCAAACCGAAAAAGGGACACCUGUGUCUGUACUGCGGCAAACUGUACUCGAGAAAAUACGGGCUGAAAAUCCACAUGAGAACUCACACAGGUUACAAACCGCUCAAGUGCAAGGUGUGCUUCAGGCCCUUCGGAGACCCGAGCAACCUGAACAAGCACAUCCGGCUGCACGCGGAGGGAAACACCCCGUACAGGUGCGACUUCUGCGGCAAGGUGCUGGUGCGGAGGCGGGACCUGGAGCGGCACGUCAAGUCCCGGCACCCCGGGCAGACGGUGAAGAAACUGGAGGACAAACCCGGCGGCCUGUUCGAGGACGCGGAGCAGAAGAGCGACAAUGACAGUGAUGUGGACGUGUGCUUCACUGACGACCAGAGCGACCAGGAGUCGAGCAAAAAUAAUGACUGA